AAGAUUUUGAAGGCAAUAUAAUUGGAACGUUUUUCAGUGCCUAUUAUUAUUUAUAACAUAUGGGUCUCUGGUGAAGUCAAUGUCAACAGAUACACCGCCGCGAUCGAGUCCAUGUGCGAGCGAGUCUCUCUCGCGCUCGAUUUCUGAAGGCACCUCCUUCUUGCGCCUCAGGUUUGCUUGAUAAACCUCAGCUCCUCAAACCACCAGUUACUCCUGCACAGGAGAGAACAGUACAUCUGAAAGCGCCGUAUCGAGCUACAGUCACGGACACAGGGUUUGCGCCAGUCAUACACGGUUUCACAGAUCGUCAGUUCUGUGGUAUGCCAGAAAACAAGAUGAGACAACUCGGAAACUAAAAGGAAAUUGGUGUUGGGAAGGAGCAGUCUUACGCUGGACAAUUCCACUUCAUUUUCUCACUUCCCCGGAGAUUAAGCCAGACAGAGCAGUCAUCAUACAUUUCAAGAGACACAACUGCAACUGAGCAGCGAUGGAGCGGUCUCAUCUGAACAACAGCUCUGGGUCUUGGUUAUUAGAGGAUCCCGUCUGUCCAACCUCUCUCAGCAGCACCACCUUCCUUAUUGUAGCAUACAGCACCAUGUUAGCGGUGGGCCUGGUGGGCAACACUUGCCUGGUCUUAGUCAUCACGCGACAGAAAGAGAUGCGCAACGUGACCAACAUCUUCAUCGUCAACCUCUCAUGCUCCGAUAUCCUUGUUUGCCUGGUGUGUUUGCCGGUCACCAUUAUCUACACCCUAAUGGAUCGAUGGAUUUUGGGCGAAGCUUUGUGUAAGGUGACGCCAUUCGUCCAGUGUAUGUCCGUCACAGUUUCGAUUUUCUCCAUGGUUCUCAUCGCCUUGGAAAGACACCAGCUUAUCAUCCAUCCCACCGGUUGGAAGCCAGUCGUCAGACACUCCUACCUGGCUGUAGCGGUUAUCUGGAUCGUAGCGUGUUUUAUCUCCCUUCCGUUCCUUUCCUUCAACAUCCUCACAAACUCGCCCUUCCACAACCUCAGUCUUCCCUUCAACCCCUUCAGCGAUCACUUCAUCUGCAUAGAGCAGUGGCCGUCUGAGGGCAACCGGCUCACUUACACCACAACGCUGCUGCUGUGCCAGUACUGCUUACCGUUGGCGCUCAUUCUAGUCUGCUAUUUCCGCAUAUUCCUGCGUCUCAGCCGACGUAAAGACAUGGUCGAAAGGGCUCGAGGUGGACGGCAGAAAAAGGCCAAAGGCUCAAAGCGAGUCAACGCCAUGCUAGCCUCAAUUGUAGCAGCUUUCGCCCUGUGUUGGCUCCCGCUGAAUGUCUUCAACACGAUUUUUGACUGGAACCACGAGGCCAUUCCCGUAUGCCAGCAUGAUGCUAUUUUCUCAGCUUGUCACCUCACGGCCAUGGCGUCGACAUGUGUCAAUCCAGUGAUCUAUGGAUUCCUGAACAAUAACUUCCAGAAGGAGCUGAAAUCACUGCUUUCCAGAUGCCGCUGCUGGGGGCCACCCGAGAGUUACGAGAGUUUCCCUUUGUCCACGGUCAGUACGGGCAUUACUAAAGGCUCCAUCCUGAGCAAUGGCUCCACUAGCACUUACCAACCGCACAAGAAAAACAGUUUGGAACAGAAAGAGACCAUUUAAUGUACUAGAAGACAAUGUACCUACAUUUUUACGUUUCUUCAAGCACACAGAGAUGGCUUGAGAACACUGCCAGCCAAUCUGUGCAAGUUUCGUGACUGAAUUAAAGGUUCAAAAUCCCAAUUUGGACAGUGAAAGUCUGUGAUAUUUCAAGAUCUUGUUGCUUAAAGAUGUCCACUUGUCUUCUUUAAACAUGGAAAUGGUCUUAAACAAAUAAGGAAUGGAUUAUUGUAGCUGGGAUCUGCAGAUAAGGACUAAGUAAAUUGUGUUGAUGUUUUAACCACUGCUGAAAUGGCCAAUUAAACAUGCUGGUGUUGUGCUCAUUAUAUGGUGAGUUCUCAAUGGCACAGAAAAGUAUUUUCCCUAUUUAAAGCAAGGUUCUCUCUCUGAGACGUUAUAAUGAAAUACUGAGGGAAGGCCUUUUCUUCUCACUGUCUUUGUCCAGGUUAGGCCUGUGGAGGAAGUGUAUGACUUAGUAACAGCAAAAGACAUGAACUAUUUAGGUUCUUGUCACUAUUAAAUGGAUAAUUCAUCUAAAAAUACACAUUCUGUCAUCAUUUACUCACCCUUGUGUCAUCUGUGUGACUUUCUUUCUGCUGUGGAACAUAAAAGUAGAUAUUCUGAAGACCGUGGUUGUCGCUCUUUUCAUGUAAUUGCAAUGAAAGGGGACUGAAGCUGUCAAAAAGGACAGAGAAGCACCAUAAAAAUAACCUAAACCUAGAUCAUAUGACCUGUGUGCUUUGUUCCAAGUCUUCCGAAAUCACACAAUAACCUUGACAUGAAAAUUAUGUCAUUAUCAACUGAAAAUCUUCCCCGCAGUGAGCUGUUAAUGACUCCAGAUCCAGAUCAUUAUGUUUUGCAAACGGAUCAAACAGACUGCCAUUUUGAACCUGAUCAAUGGAUUCAGUGUAAACAUCUGAUUCAAAAUAAUGAUUAGUUCUCUCCUGAACUCUUUGAACAUGCUAAAGGAGAGCGUGGGUGGAUGUUUCUCAUCCAAAGCUAUCACUUGGCUUCAGAAGACUUGAAAUAUAGCACAUGACUCAUAUGGACCACUUUUCUGAUACUUUUGUAGUACUUUGUUGUCCCUUUUGAAGCUUAAAAGCUUCAAUCCAAAUUCGUUGCAACUGCAUGGAAAAAAACAACUGUUCUUUUUUUCUGUUUCAUAAGGAAAGAAAGUAAAUUGUAUAGAAGCUUGUUUUUUGCAAUGGAAUAAAACAAUUUAAAAGAUAAUUGUGACUUUUUUCCUCAAAAUUACGAGUUUUAAAGUCCAAUUCUGAGGGAAAAAAGACACGCAAUUGAGACUUUAUAUGACUUUAUAAAAGCCAUAUCACGCAAUUCUGAGAAAAAAAGUCAGAAUUGCCAGAUAAAAAGGUCGUAUUACCUUUUUUUUUAUCUUUUAUUCAGUGGCAGAAACAAGCUUCCAUAAAUUUUAAUAUGGAACAACAUGAAGGUGACUAACUGGUGACAAAAUUUUCAUUUUUGUUCAUUUUCAGCUAUUUCUUUAAAGGAAGGUGCAGAACUAGCAAUAUGUGUAUAAUGUGUACAUUUGAAACACAUAUAAUAGUUAUUUAUAAUAGUUAUAAUACAGCACCAUGACUAUAUAAGCACAUUGUGUCAUUGAUUAGGAUUAGAAUGCUAUUUUUAAAUUGAUAUGUACUAUAAUUUACACAUUUUGUUGCUCUGUGUGACAGGUGUAAUGUGUUUCACUGCUCUAAAUGUUAGUCAAUAUAAAUACGCUGUGUCCUCCUUUGCCAAAGCUAUUCAAGUGAAUUAUAGAUGAAUUUCCUCAUUUGCACUUUCACUGGACUGUGGCUCAAAACAAAAAGUGCAUGCAAGUAAUAUCUGUAAUGUGUAUAUGUGGCCAAAACAUCAUAUCAUUUUAUUUAGUUAUUAGAAUAAUAACACUUUGAAACACUCUGCAAAUGUCAGAUGUCUAGUCACAUGUUGGAAAUGAUCGAUCAACUUUAUUUGAAGUUUCUGGAUUAGUAUUCCGGUCACUAAUUUACAAUUAAAUUGGAUUAAGUUUACUAAAUUGCCACUUAUCUUAGUGUACCCUUGUGAAAAAGAAGUGUGCUUAGAGGAUUAGUUCACGUUCAAAUGAAAAUUACCCCAAGCUUUACUCACCCUCAAGCCAUCCUAGGUGUAUGUGACUUUCUUGUUUCUGACGAAGACAACUGGAGAAAUAUUAAUAAAUAUCCUGACGCAUCUGAGCUUUAUAAUGGCAGUUACAAAACGAGUAUGAGCUGAAGAAAGUGUCGGAAGCUGGAUAUUUUACUUCAUAACUUGUUAAAUAUGGAUAUUUUUUUUACACAAACGCAUCGCUUCACUUCAGAAGGCCUUUAUUAACCCCCCAGAGCCGUGUGGAGUACAUUUAUGAUGGAUGGAUGUGGAUGGAAGCACUUUCUUCAGCUCAUACUCGUUUGGUAGCGCAUUACUGCCAUUAUAAAGCUAGGAUGCGUCAGGAUAUUUAAUAAUAUUUCUCUGAUUGUCUUUGUCAGAAAGAAGAAAGUCAUAUGCAUCUAGGAUGGCUUGAGGGUGAGUAAAGCUUGGGCUAAUUUUCAUUUGAAAGUGGUUAACUGUAUUGAAUGUGAACUUGCAAUGUACUUUAAAUUGUAAAAGUGUAUUUUUAAACAACUGUACUUGCAGUUAAUAUCAAUUAAACAAAAGGCCACUUAAGUGCACUUGAAGUAUGCUUUCAUGCUGUUUCUUAACAUACUUAAAUAUACUUUUGAAAAGUGCACUUUGUAAUGUCAAAUUAGAGGUUUUGUUUUAAACUGGCUUUGUUUUAAUCAUCCCGAAUCACCAAAUUUACAUUGUUUCAAUAAUUUUGCUGUGCUUUAAAGAAGUACACUUAUUUUGAUGUGUUGACUAACAUACUAAAGCACAUGUAAAGUACUUGAUUAUAAUUUUAACUGUAGUAUGUUAAUUUAAACGUACUAAAUUGUAACUUCAUCGUUACAAAUGUGUAAUUACAAAUAUUUUAAAUACAUGACCUACAAAUUUCAAUAGAAAUUACAUUAAAGUAUAUUUCAGUUUACCAUAAAUGCUUAUCAGUAAAUUCAGCAGUAGUGUUUAUAUUUCAAAGACAAUAGUAUUUAUGAAAUUACAUAUAAAGAUGUACUUAAGUCCUACAUAAGUGGGUCAAGUAACACACCAAAUUUAAUAUAAAUGCAAAUUAUAAUGUAUUUUCAUUUAAUUCUAGUUAACAUGCACUUAAGUGUCCGAAAACAUUACAUUCAGUUCACACUUAAGUCUAGGCCUACUAUUUCCAUAAUAAUUGCCUUUUUAAAGGUAUGCUAAAGUGUUCUUUUUCACAAGGGUAUACUUCGACAUGGAACAUUAUACACUAAUAUCUUGCCACCCUUAUGUUUUUACACUUAUGAAAUACUUUUGAAAUGUCUGUUAUCUGUCACUGUAUUGUCAACCAUAACAUGCUGUUAUUGCCCUGUCCCAAAUGACAAGAUCAACCCUCGCAGUCCACUUCAUAGUCAAUGUUUUGGCGACAUAAUGCCACAUAAGCUGAUAAAAAGUAUAGCUUGCUGUGAAGGCUUCGCAAAACGACACAUAGAAGGCACAUUAUAUACACAUGUGGCGCUCGAGUCCCGUACUAAAUCAUAAAACAUGACAAAUGUGACACCUCGACAAAAUAUUGUGCAAGCGAAGGCCACAAGACCACAGGGCCACGUUAAGUGCAUCAUUUGGGACAGGGCCUAAGUUCUCACUGAUGAUAUCUAGCUUGAUAUUAAUCAGAUAUUUUCUCUCUGUUACAGUUCAGACCCCAGAGAAACACUGCUCUUAUUAUUUAUUAAGCAAAGCACUUGUCAAAACAUAGCACUGAGAGCACAUUGACUAUAGCGUUUGUUCACUUUUGUCACAUGCUGUAUAGCUCUACACGCUUACUCUUUGUCUGAAAUGGUCCAUGUUGUUUUUAGGGCCUGACUGAAUGGGAAGAUUUAUGCUUUAACUAUACUAGCUUGAGUUUUCCAAAACGCAUGGUUGCAUUGAGAGUUUCUGAAGAGUGAAAGGCAUUAAUGUGUAGCCAUAAAAACAUUGUAACCAUUCACCUGGAAAAGUUUAAACAUUCAGUCACCAUUUAAAAAGAUAUUUAUGGUGUGAUACCGUAUAUUUCAGCAGCACCAACUCUUAGUAGUUUUCCUCUCUCUCUCUCUCUCUUUCUCUCUCUCGGCUUUUCAAACAUUGGAGGGUCAGUUAUUGACUGGAAAGCCGACAAUGUGGGAAGCCUAUAUUUCAGCAAUACACCUUUAGAAAAUUGCUUUGAGGUAAUUAUGUGAAUCAAUAUAUUUUUUUUCUCAUUUUGCUGGCCACAAUAGUGGAGUGUGCCUGAGGUCAGCUGGCUGUUUAGCGCAUUAAGUUGGUAUCUGGACUGCUCGCAAUAAAGCAUUUACAAUAGACCUACCAUAAACACAAAGUCACAUACGCCAGAUUUCCAUUUGUGAGGCUGAAAUAUACAGUAUAAUAAUGCUGUUUACAAACCCAGUGAAGUAUUCGAAAAUCACCUGGACAAAUUACAGCUCUCAACUCUAUACGCACCUAAUUUUAUAUUAUAACACAAUACUAAAUGUUCUUUUAUAUAUCAUUGAGCAUUCACAUCUGUAUAAUUUGAUGUUCAGGACAAAGGAAUGUGCCAUACAUAGCUUACAGAAACAUACUCGACAAGAUUUAGUGUCUUAAAUCACGUUAAGUAGUUCUACAUGAUCUGGAAUCAACAAUAGAAUAUUAUUUGACUCAUUAUGGCCUCAUUUCAUAAGGGGAACCAAAGUCCUAUGAGUGUCAUUUUAUUUUCUAGUCAAGAAAAUUCAAUUAAAAUUCUGCCAAGCAUUUGCUUUGGUUUAUGAAGAAUAGAUGGCCAUCUAAUGUUCUCUGAAGUAUUCUCAACGGUGUAGUCAUUUGUACAUCAUUCAUGUCAUUGGAUAUUUGGUAAUGAUGUACAUAUAAAAAGGACCAAAGUUUAUAUCGAACUUCUAUUGAUGUUUUUCCUCAAUUCUUGAAUGUAUACUUUCAUGUAUAUUAAAAAUUUUAACCUCUCUA